GGUAGAUCUGCCAGGAGUUUGUAAUACUCUUAGAUAGUCAGUGUCACUUUGUUUCCACCUCUGUUCCAUCACUGACUGAUUCAGAUCUACACGAGAGACCAUGGACACCAGCAAACUGGCUGAGAGACUCCAUGAAGCCGGGCAGACUCAUGUCCUCCAGUUUUGGGACCAGCUAAGGCCUGAGGAGCAAGAUGAGAUGAUUGUUGACUUGGAGAGUCUGAACUUCUUGGAGAUCAAUAACUUCUUUAAAACUGCCAUGAAGACAUCUGAGCAGACCUCGCAGGAGAAGGUGGACACCAGGAUGGAGCCGGUGCCCCGAGAUGUUUUGGGAAGUGUAACCCGCGAUCGUGAAUGUCUCAAAGAAUGGGAAGAAGAGGGCCUGCGUUGUAUAUCAGAUAACAAAGUGGCAGUUCUUCUAUUGGCUGGAGGUCAAGGGACACGGCUGGGUGUAUCAUAUCCAAAAGGCAUGUAUGAUGUGGGCCUCCCCUCUCGCAAAACCCUCUUUCAGAUCCAAGCGGAACGCAUCAGAAAACUGGAACAGCUUGCUGAAAAACAGCACACAAGGAAGUGCUGUAUUCCAUGGUACAUUAUGACAAGUGGCAGAACAAUGGAUAUGACCAAAGAGUUCUUCAUACGACACAAAUACUUCGGCCUGAAGGAAGAGAAUGUGUUUUUCUUUCAGCAAGGCAUGCUUCCCGCUGUGGACUUUAAUGGGAAAAUUAUUCUAGAGGGCAAAGGCAAACUGGCCAUGGCACCAGAUGGAAACGGGGGCCUGUACAGAGCUCUGGGGACACAGAACAUUGUGAAGGACAUGGAGACGAGAGGAAUCUCCUACGUCCACGUCUACUGUGUAGACAACAUUCUUGUGAAAGUGGCUGACCCUGCUUUCAUUGGUUUCUGUACACUGAAAGGAGCCGAUUGUGGUGCAAAGGUUGUGGAGAAGACCAAUCCAACAGAGGCAGUGGGCGUGGUCUGUAAGGUGGACGGGCGUUAUCAAGUAGUGGAGUACAGCGAGAUUACUUUGGAAACGGCAGAGAAGCGAAGUGCGGAUGGACGACUUAUGUUCAAUGCCGGCAACAUAGCUAAUCACUUCUUCACCCUCACAUUCCUCAAAGAGAUAGUGCGUAUUCACGAGCCUCAGUUGCAACACCAUGUGGCACAGAAGAAAAUUCCCUACGUGAACACCAAAGGACAGAUGAUCAAGCCUGACAAACCCAAUGGGAUAAAGAUGGAAAAAUUUGUCUUCGACAUAUUCCAGUUUACCAAAAAGUUUGUGGUAUAUGAAGUUCUGAGAGAAGACGAGUUUUCUCCGUUGAAAAAUGCAGACAGUCAGGAUGGGAAGGACAACCCCACUACAGCCCGUCAAGCUCUCAUGUCCCUGCAUCACCGCUGGAUCUUAAAUGCAGGAGGACAUUUCGUUGAUGAGAAUGGAACACGUUUGCCUGCUAUACCCAGACCUGGACCAGCAGGGACAGUCACUCCUGAAGUCAGCCAGAACUUAAAGGAUGGAACAGACCUGCCAAUCAAAUGUGAGAUCUCUCCUCUUGUGUCGUAUGGUGGUGAGGGGUUGGAGCAUCUUGUGAAUGGACAAGUUUUCCAGCCCACUCUGCUCAUCGAUGAGAACAGUGUCCACAAGCUUGUGAAGAACGACCUGUGAACCUCCAGUCAGCUGCGGCAUUGAAACCAGAAUGAAGACUCUUUAUCUCUUUAUCAUUUAUCAUUUUCAUCUCACUUCCUGCCAGGGUGGAGGAAACCAUGAAAUUCUUGUGCAAUAAAAUGAAGAAAGGGUGCCAGAAGGCCAAUCAUAAUCAAAUAAUUUUUAUAAUCAAACUAUUUAUUUUGGGAAGACUUAUUUUUAUAUCAAUGUGCAGUGCUUUUUUUUUUUUUUUUUCUAGAAUCGGAACCUAUGAAUUUAAAUGUUUAAUUUAUCUAUGUCAAAUGAUACACAGUGCUGUAGAUUGCAUGAAUGGACACUGCUAAGAUUUUAGGCAUUCCUUAAUUUUUUCCACUCUCUGAAAACGUAGAUACAUGUAAAACAAAGUUUGGUCUUCUUUAUUGAUGUCUGUUUUUAAAGGGUAUGUUUUUCGUCGAGAGAAAGUGAGUGAGAAUGUUUAUCAGACUUUCCAUCACAGGGUUUAAGGGAGAGAUUCUGAUUGUUUGGAUUCUGUUGCUGCCAUUUACAGUGCUUCAGAGAGUGUGCACUUUGAGACACCUCUCUCUUUUACAUGCUUUCUAUCUCACUUUUCCGAUUAGCCUUUGUAUGCACCAUUUAUGUUUGUUUGUGCACAUCCAUUUAUAAAAUAAUUUAUCUGUAUGAAUGAUUAAUUUGUUGGUUUACCUUAAUUUCUGUAUACUAUUCUCAGUAACCAUUUAUGGGAUUCCUUGACUUACAUUUGCACAAGAUGCAUGGAAAUCAGAGAAUUACAUUACAUACAAUUUGACAUUUGAGAAAAUUGCUGCAAUUUACGCAUUCACAUUAAAGCAGAGACAAAUGCUUACUUGUUUCAAGAAUAUAAUUAGCAUAAACAGGCACCUUCUCCAAAUUAUUUUUAAGCUUUGUAUUUUUUUUUUCUUCCUAUUCAGGUAAACUGAAAACAUUUUCUCAGAAUUCUUGGAUUUGAGUUGCCUUUUCUAUUGGCAAUGAAAAUAUCAGUUCCUGACACUUAAUUUGGUUCUCCAAAAAGAAAAAAGAAAAAGCUGAACAGAGAAAUGUUUUGAAACAUUUUAAAGUGUAUCUGUUUACACAUCACAUGGUUGAAUCUGGGCAGUGUUUGUCUCAUUACCAUGAUGAAAAAUGGAUAGAAGUAUUCCUUAACCUAAGUCCAUCAAUCUCGAUCACUGUAUAAACACCUCACAAAGCUCGGAAAUUAGAGAAUAAUAUCUUGAAAAUGAAUGCGGAGUGUUGUAACCAUGAGGAUGUAUUUAAUGGAUGUUUUAAAACUAGGUUGCCUGUACAAAUGUUGAUUGUUAAAGAUCAAAUAUAGGCAAUCCACAACCUGG